AGAAUUGUAAUUUCUUUUCUCCACUUUACGCCAUUUUGGAUAACGACGUAUACUACAGGUGUGAAUUGCAAGAGAAUGGCGAGGCUUGUGCAUUCGAGUUCAGACGAGGUUGACCCUUGGCCUGUCAACAAACCAAGCUCUUUAGAAGAUCUGUGCAUUGAUUUCUUAGUUGGAAAUAUUUUCACUUUUCUUAACAAAACUGAUGAGUCUUAUUGCCUCAAACCAGGAAUCAACUUUCCACAGGGACUGAGUGACAAGAUUUUAAUCAAGUUGGCAAAGUAUUCCAAGCACCUGGAAAAUCCCAAGGACAAUGUGUUUGGAAUAUUCAACAAUCGAGCAACCACUAGUUUAACAGAACUCCCGUUGCGCUAUACAGCUGUGAAUAAUCAGCAGUUAAAAUUUCUUUGUCUUCAUCCUGUACGGCGUGUAGACAUUUCAUAUUGUUCGGAAAUCAAUUCUCAGUUCCUUGAUGCAAUAAACCAGACAUCCAAGACCCUCCAAUACCUCCAAAUCGGCGGCAAUGACAUAAUCGCUAGACUAGAUUUUAUACUCAAUGAAUCACGUCAGGUAGAGGAUCAAACCAAUGCAAGUGGAGAUCACGAUGAGAGGCUACAAAACAUGACCUUAAACUUGCCUCAUCUAAGACACCUGUGCUUGCGUGAAUUUCAGGGAUUUAAACCGAUCGACGAUAUGCCGAUGGAAAGUGUGAGAAUACUAGAACGUGUGAUACAACCUCUGAGGAGCUUAACUCACUUAGACCUGUACCUAUGUGGCUGGGGUUUAGGGCAGCGGUUCCUGAUAAAGCUGGGCAACCUUGACCUUCCUAAUCUUGUCUCCCUCACACUUUGUGAUACACUGAAUGGCUGUGAACCUGCCUUGGAUAAUCUCAUGAAGCUGAGAACUCUGAGGCACCUGGACAUAUCUCAAGCUGAGGACACCAACUGGUACCUGCCUGUCCAGUAUCGCAAUCCCACUGAGAGGAUCGCUAACCUGCUGGCCGCCCUGCCCUUCCUGCGGUCCCUUGACAUCUCUGGGACCAACCUUGCCGGGGACCUGCCAUGGGAGCCUGUGUCUCACAGGCUUGAGCCCAAGAAAUCUGAGGAGCCCGAAGAACCAUGUGGUCUGCCUGGAAAUGAUGGUCGGACGUUUGAGUUCCUGGGACUGUUGAACUGCCCUGGUGAUCCCUGUCGAAGAAAAAAACUUCCAGCUGUUAAGGUGACAGGCGAUGGUUCGGAGGAGCAGAUAAUCCUGUCACUGAACGUGUACAGGGACAAGCCUACCCUGCUGACCCGGGCUUUCAACGCUCUGUUCAACAAGUUCCGCUUUGAGACCGUUAAGGCUCAUUGUGCUGCGCUGGAGGCUAUUGUGGAGGGUAUGGAGAGAAAUAAGCAUGACAAACACGUGCAGAUAUCUGGCAGUGCGUCUCUGUUCUACAUCGUGAAAGGGAGCAGAAAACCCUUCAUAACACAUGUCCAGAAAAGGCGAGUCAUAUACUGCCUGUUGGAUGCAAUGGAAAGACACAUUACUGAACUAACUAUGAUGCGGAAUGGCUGCCUCACGUUGUGUCAUUUCAACAUACCAGAUGAAGUGCUCCACUGUUACAAUCGCCUGGUGCGGGUGCUGAUACAGAUGUUGAAGCACGAGCACAACGAUGAUUUCCUCCUGCGUAUAGGCAUCUUCCUGCUGAACAGCCUAGCCUGCCAGGUCGAGAGCGAACAGAAAAAGGUCCUGGGAGACCUGGAGAUUGUUGAGGUGAUGUGCAAGAUCAUACAGAAUAAGUUGAAGAACAAAGUCUGUGACGAGAUACUGGAGGUGUGCUGGAGUACACUGUGGAAUGUAACAGAUGAGACUGAGUCAAACUGCACACGGUUCAUGAACCAACAGGGGAUGUACCUGUUUCUUGACUGCUUUAAUGAGUUUUCUGACAAAGAGGAGUUGCUGAGAAACAUGAUGGGUCUGAUGGGAAAUAUUGCAGAAGUGCAGAAGCUGAGGCAAAACUUGAUGAAUGAGGAGUAUGUCACAGUGUUCACAAACUUCUUGGAGUCAAAGAAAGAUGGGAUAGAAGUGAGCUACAAUGCUGCAGGAGUUCUCUCCCAUCUCCUAUCAGACGGGGAGGAAGCCUGGAGGGUAGAAAUCCCUAGUCGAGAUGAGGUGAUCCUGCGUAUAGUGCAGGCUAUACAGCGCUGGCCCCUUGAAAGCCAGCGCAACAUCAACUACAGAUCGUUUGGACCAAUCCUGAAUCUGGUUCGGUGUUUCAGGUCUCAUGCCUCACAGUAUUGGGCCGUCUGGGCCCUUUGUAAUCUCACAAAAGUGUAUCCUGACAAGUACAUCAAGCUGUUGAAGGAAGAAGGUGGUCUGGAAAUUCUGGAGAAGGUCACGCGAGAUCCGCGCCCCAUCACAGCAAUUAAAGAGUUGGCCAGACAGGUCAUAGACCGAGUACAAAUGCCAGUCGAGGCUUCAGAGGAGAUGAAUGAAUAACGCUUCUAUUGAAGUCUGCGCCCGUAUUCACCAACCCAUUCUUAGACUUAAGAAUAAAGAAUAGACUUAGAAGCAAAAAAAAAAUGUUCAGCUUUUGAAUAUAUACAGACUACCACUGGUGAUUAUGUCAUCAACAUUAUUAUGAACAUGAACAAUGAUGUAAAUGAAGUUUGUUAGUGCUAAGUUUAUUUAAUAUUCCAGUUGAAAGAAUAUUCUUUAUUCUUAGACUCAAGUCAGAAAAUUGUUUGAUGGAUACGGGGCCUCAAGUGACAACAUUGUAUGGGAAUAUCGAUACUUGAGCCUCGUUUCGGGAAAACUGGGCUUAAUGCAUGUGUGUAAAAGUCAAACCAGAUUAGCCUGUGCACAGUGCCAAGGCUAGCGCUCCAGGCGUUCUAAGCCUCGCAACAUAAACUUCUCUUUAUUCAACGCUAACCUAGUAUUCUCUAUCUACACAAGUAUCAUAAUGCAAUCAACAGUUAGUUACUGCGUGUCAUUAUUGUCCCCUACCGGUUUCACCGGAGGGGACUUAAGGUUUGCACUCUGUCUGUCUAUCUGUCUGUCAGUCAGUCACACUUUUCUGGAUCCUGCGAUGACUUUAAAAGUUCUUAAUUUUUUUUCAUGUAACUUGAAACAUGGAUAGAUGGCAAUAUGGACAUUAUGCACGUCUUUUCAUUUUGUUCCUACGUCAAAAAUUCUGGUUGCUAUGGCAACAAAUAGACUAGAAAUACUGCUGAAAAUGGUGGUUUUCUGGAUCCUGCGAUAACUUUCAAAGUUCUAAAUAUUUUUUCAUGAAACUUGAAACAUGAAUAGAUGACAAUAUGGAUAUUAUGCACGUCAUUUCAUUUUGUUCCUACGUCGAAAAUUCUGGUUGCUAUGGCAACAACAACAAAAAAUUCUGACAAUGGUGGAAUUUCUGACAAUGGUAGAGCUGGUAGGGGACUUUAUUGCUUGGCAAAAGUCUUGUUUUUUUUAAUUCAAUAUGUGCUGAGAUUAGAUAACUAAGAAUACACAAAGGCUUUAAGCAUUCAGUCAAGUACAUGUUCCAUAACUGUAUUUUAUUAAGUAUGGUUUCUAAAUGGUGGAGAAAAGUCGUAUGUUUUGUAAAUUGAUGGUUUUCCAAGUGACUUGUUAAUAUGUUGAAAAAAAUGUUAAUUUAUUAUUAUUAAAUUAUAAUAACUGUGCCCUUCAGCAUAACUUAUUUGCUUAUCUCUCUCUCACAAUUAAGUUUGAUCACACCGUUCACACAUAUUUUUGUACAUACAGUUGCAACUAAAUGUUCAUGUUACUGUAUACAUUUUGUGUUAAAGAAUGGAUAUUAAAUUAAUUAAAAUAUUAUAAUAUAUGUAAUACUUAAUUACUUAAUCGUACAUUAUAAGUCAACAUUCAUAAUAUUUUAUGUUUACACAAAAUAUUGAACCAGUACAGUAAGAACCUUCUGAAAUUCUUAAAUAUUCACAUAUUUAUAUGUUAUUGAAAAACAUUUUGCAUAUGCCAUGCAAAACUGCCAAAAGUUCUAUAAAUUAUUAGCAAAACUUUUUAAAAGUCAACUGCAUGUUAUUUGAAACAUCCAGUUUUCGAAAUCAUAUAAAAAGCCCUAAUUGUUCUUAAACUUGUACACAUAUUUAUUGUUAUUUCAAACGGUAAAUACAACGGUAACCUUUCCUAUGGUAAUUCCAUUGUAUAUGGUCGUCUUGAUUAAGGCACGAAUCCACCAGUUGCCAACGGAAUAUAAUCAUGAUAACUGUUUUUGAAUAUGCCUUUACUUUUUUUCUGAAAAUGCAAUUUUAUGUUAAAUUGUUAACGUAUUUUUUGUCUGAUCUUGAAAUGGUUUGCUGAGCAAUAUAUGCAACAAUGUAACCAAAUGCUUGUAUCGGAUGUAAUUCAACCAAUUCGGAAUAUGCUCAAAAGGUUCACAUCAUGAUUAGAUAGCUAUAUGACAGCUUUCCUUUUUCUAAAUAAUAGUAUGGCAAGUACUUAUGGUGGUGUUUUUUUCUUUCCUCCAAAAUUGUUCGUUAGUCUUGGCAAUUAAUUUUUAAUAAUGAUAAUCGGGUUACAAGAAGGAAAUUUUGGGUUAACCAAUUUAUGUGAUCACUGCGUUGUAAAAUUAAUAAUUUGUAUGCUUUUGUAACUAUGUAUAUUAGUGUAGAUAUAAUUUACAUUUUUCAUGUAAAUUGGCAAUGCACUUUCUGUUAUUAAACCGUGACUACAA